UUUUUGUGGGUUGGCCACUGUCGAUUCCAAGUUGCAUUGAUUCAAAAAAUGGCACUGAGCAAAUUAAACUUUUUAAAUCUAAACCAGUUAACUACAAAGUCUAAUUUUUUCGCUAAUAGGUAUUAUUUGCCCAACAGUCGAAAUGUCAAGUGUUUUUCGACGGCCCUCGUUCCAGGAGAACCGUCCGGCCCCAGCGUUUUGUCGUCCAUCCCAGGGCCCAAGUCCAGGGAGAUGAUCGCCAAUUUGGACAAGAUUCAAUUCGCCAGCGCCAUUUGGUAUUUCACCGACUACAAGAAAAGUUUAGGCAAUUACAUUGUCGACGUCGACGGCAAUUCCCUGCUGGACGUCUUCAGUCAAAUCUCUUCUCUGCCCCUGGGCUACAACCAUCCGGAUUUGCAUAAAGUCAUCCAAAAUCCAGACAAUCAAAUCGCUUUCGUCAACAGGCCCGCCUUGGGCAUCUUUCCGGCUGAGGGCUGGCCGGAAAAGUUGACCAACAGUUUGCUGUCCAUCGCUCCAAAAGGACACACUCAGGUGAAUACUUUUGCCUGCGGCUCUUGCUCGAAUGAAAAUGCCUUCAAGGCAACUUUCAUGUGGUACCGCAACAAACAACGUGGCGGAGCACCAAUCACAGAUGAGGAGAACAGCAGUUGCCUAAUCAAUCGUCAACCGGGCUCAACUCCGUUCACCAUCAUGUCAUUCAAAGGUAGUUUCCACGGACAGACGCUAGGUUGCCUCACCACUACGCAUUCGAGAUCGAUUUUCAAAUUGGAUUUUCCCGCGCUGGAUUGGCCUAUCGCCAGUUUCCCGCGGUACAAGUACCCGCUGGAAGAAUUCACCGAAGAAAAUAAAGCCGAGGAUCGCAAAUGCCUGGCCGAAGUGGAAGAGGAAUUUGAACGUUUCAACAAAUCCGGCAGAUUUGUGGCCGGUGUGAUCAUCGAGCCCGUUCAAGCCGAAGGAGGUGACGUCCACGCCUCGCCGGAAUUCUUCCAGGAGCUCCAGCGCAUCACCAAAAAGAAUGGAGCAGCUCUCAUCAUCGACGAGGUCCAAACAGGUGGCGGAGCUACUGGCAAGUAUUGGUGUCAUGAGCAUUUCAACUUGCCCGAUCCAGCGGAUUUCGUCACUUUUAGCAAGAAGAUGCUCACCGGAGGAUUCUAUAGUUUACCCGAAUUCAGACCCCAGCAGGGACUCAAGAUUUUCAAUACGUGGAUGGGCGAUCCAUCGAAAGUCCUUCUGCUAGAAAAGGUUGUCGAAGUGGUCAAACGCGACAAUCUAUUGAACUUGGCCCAAGAAUCAGGCAAAAGGCUGAUGGAUGGAUUGAAGGAUCUGUCGAAAAGAUAUCCGCAGCACAUCAAGAACAACGUCCGUGGCAUCGGCACUUUUUGCGCCUUCGACUUGAGCAGCCCGCAGAAGCGCGAUGAAACUUUCGUCAAAUUGCAGCAUCACGGUGUUCAAAGUGGACCCUGCGGCGAGCAAACUCUCCGGCUGAGACCUUCGCUCGUUUUCCAGCCGCAUCACGCCGACAUUUUCCUGGACAUCCUGGAAACGGUAUUGAACGACAUCCAAACUGUCUGACAAUCAAAAUGAACAAUGAACAAUUGACAUUAUUAACGCCGCAUUUAGUUAUUAAAAAACAAAUUAAUUUGCGCAAAUCGACACAUUUGAUUUACCUGGGGAAACAAUUUCGAUGGGCGAUCAGCUUGAAAGGUCGAACGUUGUCACUUGGCAAAUUAUACGGUUCAUCUCUUGA